AUGUCUUAUUUCCGGAUAACACUCAUGCGCUCCGGCAUUGGCAUGCCUGAGAAGACGCAAGGUGUACUCAAAGCGCUCGGCCUCCGCAAACGCAUGACGACCGUCUACCACCCCGUAACACAGUCCGUCGCUGGUCAAAUCAUGAGGAUAAAGGAGUUGGUUGAUGUCAAAGAAGUCAAGAGCGCGAUGACUAAGGAGCAAAUGCGCGCCGCGAGGAGACCGGAUCCCGGAUACUACAUCGAGCAGAGGGCAGGCGAGGCUAUGAAGGGUUAUGAAUAG